AAUCGGAUCUUUACCACUUUUCAUGCCGGAAAUAAAUGUAUGGUUCUCCAAGGGUUUUGUUUCACAUACGAAUAAACAAAUUUCGAAUAAUUAUAUUUUUCGUUGUUUCUCCGCAAACUAUCCCCUUUUCCUCAUCAGCAUCUCCUCUUAUUCCCUUCCUCUCUUCUUCCCUCUCCUUUCAUUAGACGUGUUGGAUUACAAUCUGGCUAAUUACAGGUCUCUGAUAAUCUACAAAUUGGCAGUUUUCUGAAAACUAUACCUGCUUGGAAUUCAGCUUUCCAGCUUGUCUUAGAUUUUCAAACACUCUGGCAGCUGCAACCCCGUCAAAGCAUUCUCGCACCUCCAAGCAGGUGUGGGGUACGAAUGACCGGGUGAUUUUACUGUGUGUUUUGCGAAGGUCGAGAUCCUCUCAUGUUUGGAGAUUGUGUCGUACUUCUGAGGGUCUAUCUGUUGAUUACGGCUAACAUUUCCCAAAGACGUUGUCCUUGAAGAAAGCUGCUUCAGAGUAAACUUGAACCUGACUAUGUAAAUUUGUUUAUUAUACCUGGCUUUCUGUGUGAAGAUUUGAUAGAUUAUUCAGUGUAGUUCUGCUUAGCACUGGUAGCUUGCUAGAAUUCUACAAUGGGUCGUUUCUCUUGUUUCUAUGGUCAUGUUCAGAGUCACAAGCAUAAGGUUAAUAAAUCAACUCAACCUUCAUUUGAGGCGAUGAUCAAGAUGCUGCAAAUUGGUUCUCAAUAUAAUGCAUCAGCAAGCACAGCCAAUCCUUUAGCCUUAGAUGAGUUUCAUAUAGUGAAAAACCGGGCAAAGAAAGUGGAUAGUGGUACUGACAAUCUUACUUUGGCUGCACGUAACUGGAAAUCCGGGGAGUUAAAAUGUGAUUCUGAUGCUGAGAUAAAUGAAGACUAUGUGCACUUUGAGAUGGGGAACUUCAGAAAAAGUCUGUCUGUUGGUUGUGAAUUGGAUCAGAAGGAAAGGAGUUGCAGCAAUGACGAUGACUGUAACGUUCACGAAUAUUCUUGUGAGGGAUCAAUUGAUUGUGAUGGAACCGCUGAAGAAUCACCCACAAACGAUGCUAAGAGUCACCCGACCUCCUUCCCUUAUCAGGAAGAUCCGCGUUCUUCUCCCCAUUUGAGUUCUGAUCUGGUGAAUCAUGACUCAGUCUUUGCUGUUGACGAUCAUGAUCCUCAUUACUUCAACAAGGUAGACCAUAAGGAAUCUCAUCUUUCAUUGUAUACUGAGCGUCCUGAAGGUUCUGGUCGGAAUACACCUACUCAAUCCAGCAUUACAAAAUCUUACUCAAUGCCAAAUUUUGGGUCCACAACUCCAAUGUCUCCAGGCCUUUCUGCCUGCGAUGAAUUGAGUCCUCGUGACGGAUCUUCAAAAGAUAUGAAUGUGCCCAUAAAGAAGGAAUAUGUUUCUGCUCAUGAUGCUAGCGCUGAAGAAAUCGAUGUACUGAACAAGGAAGUCAGCAUGUAUCAUGCUGAGAAAUCUGAUGGAGAAAAUGCUGGUUUGGAUAAUUACGAAUUUUAUAAUUAUGGUUCAAGCAAGGACUGGAUAGUUCCAACGCCCGAAGAAAUAGGUAUAAUGAGACAUGACCAGGGGAAUUCCUCAUAUGAAACUCGGAACAUUUUUACAGAUAAGGAUUUCAAGAUCAGACUGAUUGAGGAUUGGGUUAUGGAUCUUCAGCACUGCAGCCCUGUGGAAGAAACCAAUGAGGUAACUCCGUCUGUCAAUGACAUGAAGAAAGGUUCUGCAUUCAUGGAUGGUGUGGAUAAGGUAGAGAUGAAGGUAAAUCCAGGUAUGGACGCUGCAAAACGGUACAUAUCUUCUCUGACUGCAAACGCUAACACGGCACAGCUUGCAAACUAUGGUCUGGUUGUUAUCCCACUGCUGAGUGCUUUUGUCAGCUUAAAGGCUCUUAAUCUUUCCGGGAAUUCCAUAGUGAGAAUAACUGCUGGUGCCCUUCCUCGAGGUUUACACUUGUUGAACUUGUCCAAAAAUAACAUAUCAACCAUUGAAGGCUUAAGAGAGCUUACUAGACUUCGUGUAUUAGACCUUAGCUACAACAAAAUCUCCAGAAUUGGACAUGGUCUUGCAUCUUGUUCUUCCUUGAAAGAACUAUACUUGGCCGGAAAUAAAAUCAGCGAGGUGGAAGGUCUACACCGGCUUUUAAAGCUUACCGUUCUUGAUUUACGGUUCAACAAGAUUGCUACUUCCAAAUGUCUGGGUCAGCUAGCUGCCAACUACAAUUCCUUGCAAGCCAUCAGUUUGGAAGGAAACCCGGCUCAGAAAAACGUUGGCGAUGAGCAACUAAAGAAAUACUUACAGGGUCUCCUUCCUCAUAUGGCCUAUUACAAUCGGCAGCAUAUCAAAACCAGCACGCUGAAAGAUUCCUCCGACAGGUCUGUUCGACUCGGUAUUUCAGAAAGGGGGCUUAGAUCAUCUGAUCAUAAGUCGUCCUCACGUCGUGGUGGUGCAGGUAAGAGAUCAUCUCAUUCUUCUGUUCAUGGGCAUAAGAGUCUAGUGUCCGACUCUCUAAAGCAACAAUCUAAAGGCAAAAAUGUGCUUGUUCCACCGAGUGGGUCAAAAACGAGUCAUCGCCAUCAUCACUUUGACAUUAGCAACAAGCUCCAAAGCUUCAGAUCUGGUUUUUCGCUCCACAAAAGUCGAAGCGAGGGUACUCUUGUAGUCCUUUAAAACUAUUUACCUUAAACAUGUUUUAUGUGCUUUUGCUGGUUUGUAAGGUUCUUUGAACAUGCUUUCAAUUUGUAGGUGUUUCAACUUCCAACUGCAUGAAACGCAGCUUUUGCUUGUUAUUUUUAACCUUGUUUCUCUGAAUAAAUUGCACUGUUUUAAAUUUAAUUAUAUGUUUGUUAGGUGGUGGUUUAAA